UCACCUGCAGCCAGCAGGGGUUCAAUGCAAAUGGGCGGCGUUUCAUAUUGGGUAAGCAGGAACUCUCUGGCUGCCAUUCAGCUUGUAUUAUCCGGCUGUCGGUGCGGCAACGACCCCCAGCAGCAUGGCAUUGUUGACGUUUAGGUGUGAGUUCAUGUCCUGGUUUUCGGAGUACUGAGGCUUUUCUGCUUGUAGUGACUCCGGCCUGCCGUCCCGAGCGCCGCCUGCAUUGAUAGAUGCCUUGGCCAAGAUGAGCGUGAAGGCUUUUGAGCUAGUCCCCGCUGUGGAGCGAGAUCUCCUCAUGGGCGACAAAGCUCGCAUCAACAUUGAGUGCAUUGAAUGCUGUGGAAAGCACUUGUACGUGGGCACCAAUGACUGCUUCAUCCACCACUUUCUGCUGGCUGAGGUCGCCUCCUCUAAAGGGAAGCCCGGUUACUUGGCUCAGAAGUUGCUGCACAAAUACCUUGGCCUCAAGAAACCUGUUGCUGAGCUGCGGGCUGCUUCUGCUCUGGAGCGUCUCAUAGUGCUCUGUGAAGGGAUAGUGUUCCUCAUUGACAUGGUGACGCUGGAAACGGUGCCCUUGGCAGGUGGAGGUGGAGCCAAGAUCAGGGGUGUGGCAUCAUUUUGUGUUAAUGAGAACCCGGUGAACGCCGAUCCGUUCUGUGUCGAAAUGGGCGUGCUAUCCUCCAAACGGCGGUUGGUCCAGAUUUACAUGGUGUACGAGGACAGAGUGCAGCUGGUGAAAGAGUUGACCACGCCCGAGCAGCCCUGUGCUGUCAGUCUCGACGGUUACUUCUUGUGCCUGGCUCUUACCACACAGUAUAUGAUCCUGAACUACAACACGGGAGCCUCCCAAGACCUCUUCCCUUACAACAGCGAGGAGAGGACACCCAUUGUGAAGAGAAUUGGCAGGGAGGAGUUUCUCUUAGCAGCACCUGGUGGUCUGGGAAUGUUUGCCAAUGCAGAGGGGGUAUCUCAGCGAGCUCCAGUCAGGUGGUCAGAGAGCGUGAUUGGUGCCGCUGUGUGUUUUCCAUACGUGGUGGCGUUGGACGAGAGCUUCAUCACCAUCCACAGCAUGUUGGACCAACAACUUAAACAGACCCUUUCAUUCAGGGAUGGCCAUAUUUUGCAAAAUUUUGAAGGGAAGGUCAUUCUGGCUUCUACUAAGGCCGUAUACGUCUUAGUACCUCUGCCGCUAGAAAGACAGAUUCAAGACUUGCUGGCCAAUCACAGAGUGGAGGAGGCGCUCAUUCUCACAGAGGGAGCGCAGAGAAAUAUUCCCAAAGACAAGUUCCAGAAUUUGCACAAACGAAUCCUCCAGCAGGCCGGAUUCAUACAGUUUGGCCAGCUUCAGUUUCUGGAAGCGAAAGAACACUUCCGGAAGGGUCAGCUGGAUGUGCGGGAGCUGAUAUCUCUCUGCCCGUUACUGCUACCAGCUUCCUCUUCAUUCACGCGGUGCCACCCUCCUCUCCACGAAUUUGCAGAUCUCAAUCAUCUGGCACAGGGUGACCAGGAGAAAGUGUUGCGAUGCAAGAAGUUCCUCAUAAGUUAUUUAGGAGAGGUACGAAGCACAGAGGUGGUGAACGGCUGUAGAGAGGAUGUGGACACUGCACUGUUAAAGCUGUAUGCCGAACAGGACCACGAGAGCCUUUUAGACCUCCUGGCUUCAGACAAUGCCUGCGUGCUAGCAGACAGUGUCCCAUGGCUGGAGAAAUAUCACAAAUAUUUUGCGCUGGGACUGCUCUAUCAUUAUAAUGGUCAGGAUUCAGCAGCACUUCAGUUGUGGAUUCGUGUGGCAGAUGGGGAGCUGCAAGACCCUACUAGAUCUGAUCUUUUUGAGUACAUUGUGGACUUUCUCUGCACCUCCUCUAAUGUGGACCUUGUAUGGAAGUAUGCAGACUGGGCCCUACGGAAGGAUCCCAUCAUAGGUGUCCACAUCUUCACUAAGAGGCAUACCAGUAAAGACCAGCCGGAAUUGAACUCUGAUGAUGUCAUAACUUACCUGGGAAAGCACAGCCAGGCGCUUCUGCUCUACUUGGAGAACCUGGUGCUGGAGAAAAGGGUGCAGAAGGAGAAGUUCCACACACAUCUGGCUGUGUUGUACUUGGAGAGAGUGUUAUCUUUGAUGUCACAGUCUCCAAAAGAUGAGGAACAGCUGACCAAAGCUAGGGAAAGGCUUCAAGCCCUGCUCAGGGAGUCCGACCUAUACCGUGUACAGUUUCUUUUAGCUAAAAUGGAGAACCGUGAAGAACUGCUGCUAGAGCGUGCAACACUACAUGGAAAACUAGAGGAGCAUGACAAAGCACUGCACAUUCUGGUGCACCAGCUCAGAGACUUCCCGUCCGCCGAGGCCUUCUGCUUAUGGGCCUCUUCUAGUAGAGAUUCGGCGUACCGACAGCAGCUCUUUCACCUGCUGCUGGGGGUGUAUUUGGAUGGGAGCCCUCCUGGGCAAUCGGGAGACAGCGGAGAGCUGGAGAUGGCGGCAGUGGACCUCCUAAAUCGGCACGGGGAGGUGUUUGACGCGGUCCGUGUCCUGCGAAUGCUGCCAGAAGGCUGGUCACUUCAGCUGCUGCGUCCCUUUCUGGGUCGAGCCAUCAGGGCCAGCAUGCACACCUGCCGCACGUCCAGGAUCGCUUUAGGGCUCGCACACUCUGAAAACCUUCAACUGCUGCACGAUAGGUUGAAAGAGUGUAAGAAACCCGUCUUUGUGUCUGAAAAGAAGGGAUGCCACCUGUGCCACAAUACCUUCAGCGAGCCCAGCGUGGUGUGUCUGCCCGGUGGAGUGCCUGUCCACACCCACUGUGUCGCCCAGAGAGUAAGAGACUCUCCCACAAAGAGACAGUUGACUAAUAGCAGUAAACACACGUGAGACUUAACCCUUUUUAAGAAACCUCAUGGUUUGUGAUGAGAGGCACCAAACUACAGCAGGAUGCGCUGAGAUUUUCAAUGGCUGAGGGGGGAUGACAAAAGGCACAGAGCCUCAGUUCCCCUAGUGGGCUCUGCAGCUGUGGAGUUAAGACACACAAAGAAGGCUGGGCGACUGUGUGGGGGACUCGAGCGCCGCAGUUGUACUGCACUUUCAGACUUACAGUUUGAUUUCUGUUCCAUUCUGUGGCCGUCCUGUCUUUGUUUUUUCUUUCUUUUUCUUUUUUUUAAUCCUAAAUUCAAGAAACUGCUUGAACUACAGAACAUAAUAUUUGAAUCUCAUUGCAUAUAUUUCUGAAGCAUGAACAGUCUUACACUUUUGGGUCUAAUCGGCUCCAUAUGGGUAUUGUAUUAAUACUGUUCUAACCUGUCUUAACUCGCACAUUACAGAGUUGGGUUGUAAUGUGAAUACUACAAAGGCUCAUCAGUACUGAUGGAAAAAGUCUGUUUGUUUUUUUUGUUGUUUUUUUGUACGUCUUUGACUCUUUGUUCUGGUCUCAAAGCUGCUUUCCCUCCACCCACAGUGAUGUUGUAUUAGUUGGUAACUGACAGGCAACAAUUUGAUCCAAACCCACUAAAUGAUUGUCAUACCAAGGUUUAAACAAAUAAACACCAACCUUCUGUGGAGCAGCAACAACAUAAAAUGUCAAAAUAACAAUGCUUCACGUAUGAAUAAGUGUAAUUGGACAUUUAUUAUACUAUACACAUCACAUUGACCUUCUACAAGUUGCACAAAUGAGAUGAAUCCUUAAUGAUGUGACAGUUAAUCUUACAGCGUAACUGAAAUGAACCUGCAUACAUUUUGUCUGGUUUCAAGGAACAAAUAAAUAAAAUUUCCAUUGCCCCAAGCAUGCAUGCAUACAUUUUGUUUGUUUUAACAGGCCACUCAUACUGUUAGAUAUCCUAAUGUAUGCAUGUAUGCAAUACUGAGCAAAACAUUUAAGUUGAAGUAUAGGCUAUUUGUUUAAAAUUUGUGUACAGGAUCAAUCAUGUAGAACAACAGGCCACAAACUACAACUCUCUCCAUUGAAAGUGCAAAGUGCACCCUCCUCAUUUCUGUGAUUCAAAGAGCCUGUAAAAUUCUCAGCUUUCUCAGUUUUGGAUUUGUAUUUAAUGCAACAAGUGUUAAAGAAAACUGCCCGCAGUGAACGUGAUAACAAAGAUUGUGAGACUUCAUAAAAAUGGCAGUGUGUCCAAGAGCAUCAGUAGUAUGCAAUGACAUUUAAGGUGAAACACUUAAAGCGUUAGACUGAGGAAAAAAAUGAACCGUGCACAAAAUAAACUGAUGGGUAAGUGGGUGAAAGAUCCUGCAUGAAGUCAACUAACAGUGUCUUUUCUUCACACACCUGUGACAUCGUAACAGGAAAAGUAGUCAAGUUAGUUAUGGCAUCAUAGUCUUUGGUCUAUGAGAAUGAGGUGGAUAUGCAAAGUAUUUGAAAAUAUAACAAGAAAAGAAUAUUACACUUAUGUUUGGAGCCUGUCUUUGCAAGUUGCCUAACCUGUUUGAAUUUUUUAAAGAUCAGAUACCCCACACUAAUACGUUCUUUUUAAAAAGAUCAUUAUUUCACUGAGGUUUUGUUGUGUAUUCAUUUGAAUCCUUUCAGCAAAACACAUUUCAGAGGAAAAUGUGUGUGCGGGAUGUGUAUAAAGAUGUUUUCAUCAGAAAUUAAAUUAGGUUUGACUCUCCAGAAAUUAAUUGUUCCAAACAGAUAAAGUAAAUUAAAAAUUUCAAUUUCAGAAAGAAUCUGGCAAGAAUGCAGUGUGAUAACUGUAAUUUGUCUCUAUUAAUAUGCAGGGGUAAAUUACUUUUGGCAGCCUUUUCAUAUUUCAACACAAGAGCUUCAUCUCCCUGUGACUGUUUCUAAAGACACCAGAAGAUGGCAGUAAUGUGUCUGAAACCAGAACGCCAGCUGACACCACAACCUCUACAGUUCAAUGUUCUUGGCACAUGCUCCAGUUUCGAGUUUCAAUAAAUUCAGCCUGGUUGUUUUUGCAUAAUUAGGUUCACAGGCAAACAAAUAAAGAGCAUCACUCAUGUCUUUAUGUUGAAAAAUAAAAGAACCACACAUUCGUGAAAAUCACUUUAAGGUCCUUUACCACGGCUCCACUUACUACCCUGGGUAUGCUUUAAAUAACAGGUGGGGUAGCUGUGGAAUAAAGUAACUGUGUUUUAAAUGUGUUUAAUCUCACUUUCAAAUUAUACAACCUCAGUCUGACAGUCACUAUAACUGCAUGAUUCAAAGAUUUUUGGGAAAACAAAAACUUGUACUUACAGCUGCUGUAUCAGACUCGCUGCCACAGUGUGCAGGUUCAGUGAGGAACAAUGAUUUUUUUUCCUGCAUUCAUAAUGAAACGACCAACUAACUAAUGCAUGAUGCUGCACUGCGCUUGUUCCCCUAAAACAUCUUUCUCCUCUAAACGUUUCACAAGUGUGACAAAACAAAGUGUUUAAUCAUCGGGCGCUGUCACACCUCAGAUCAUAUGCUGUUGCUUAACACAUCUUCAUAACUCAUAGCAGGUGGAUGUCAUGUUUGUGAAGAGAAGAAUCGGGCAUGUUCAUAAAUAUCUUUAGAAGGUGAGGCUUCUAAACAGAGGAAUGAAGGAAACCCCAAAGUAAACAUGACUGUGUCCGUGUGCUGCCCACAGAAUAUACUCAGUUUAAAUCAUUGUUGAUCUCCAUGUUUUUUAGGGGAAAACUUUCAUGAAUUCAAAGUUGUCCAAUCUACUAAAACCUGUGUCUCUGAAUGCUGUGGUGGUAUUGAUGUUAGCUACCUGCUGCCUAUUUCUACAUGUAAAGAACUUUGUGCAUUCAUGGGCUAACUCGGAAGGCUGAGCUUUGUGGAUGCAUUGGGUUUCACUCCACAGCUUCUUCUGUCUGACGAAUUUAGUCAUAGCUUGCUUAAAACUCCUCGCCAUGACUUCAAAGAAUGAUGAUAAAAGUAUUCAGGAGAGCUGUGUGAAAGCAUCCUGUCGUAUUUUACAUAAAUAUAUAUCUAUACCUCUGUAUAUACUGCAUUUGUAUCCCUUUGCUGCUUCCUCCAUCAGUGCCAGUGUGGAUGGAAAAAGGGCCAACCUGGUUUAAUAAACAUGAAACUGCAUCAGCUCACAAGUAAUUCCAACAUGCAUUUUAGCAUGAUUAGCAGGAUUACUGUUUUUUUCUUUUUUCCCCCUCACUUCUUGGGAAUUAAAGUUUUUCUGUGGAUUAAAGAGUAAUAAAAAUGAUUUUUUUAAGCA